AAAAAAAAAAAAAAAGCUUCUGUAUAUGGAAAAAAAUCACAAAAUUUAAAGACAACAUCAGUGUUCUGUAUUGCCAUGUGUGUAAGAGAUUCAAAACAAUUUAGGAGCUUAGUGGUUAAUUGGCAAAGUAUGAUUAAGAAACCCUUAAAAUAUUCAACUCUAAUGGCAAGCAAAAUAUAAAUUACAUAAAAAGUACUAAUUCUUGGUUAUUGACGUUACUGCAGUUCAGCGAGGAGGAGAUUUUUGAGUGCUGGAGAUGGAAUGGUAAGAGCCAUUGUCCCAUUCUCAGAGAUCAAGAGCAAUUGAAAUUACUUUUACAUUUAAGGAAGGGAGUGUACCAAUAAGUACUAAGAACCUUGAAACAAACAUACCCCUUUUCAUAUAAAUUUAACUUCAUGAAAUAUACUAUGCACAAGACAUAGACAUUAUGGACAAUCUGAAACUGUUUCUCAAAUUAUAGAAUAUAACAGUAAACAAAUUGAGUAGAACCUAAUUGUCUACUAUUAAGGAAAUAAUAAGAAAAUGAAGUUUCUAGAAUAUAAAAUAAUAUAUAUGGUAUAUCAAUAAAUAUAUAUACAUAAUGGUAAAUUGUGGCGUAUUUAGUUAUAUCUGGAUAUUAAAAUGACCUUUAACAGUGUUUUUGAGUGACACGAGUAUCAUCAUGUUCACUGAAAAAUACCAGGAAACAAAAUUGCAUGUAGAACAUGAUCUCCAUUGAAUAUAAAGAAUAAAGAGAAAAAAGAUAGGAAUAAAAUACAGCAAAAUAUAUUAUAUCUGAGUGGUGGGCUUACACAUUUCUCAGGCUUAUAAUUUUCUGUUCUAAAUUUUCUAUAAUGAGAGCAUAUUAUGAAUGAUUAGAAAAAUAAUGAGAUACGUAGGCGCGGACCGGCGUGUUCUUGGGAUUAGAGAGCGGGACUUUCGGCUUGCGAGUGGGAACCUCUGAGUCGUGCACAGAGAAAGAACGAUUUAAUAAUGGGUGAUGUCGAGAAGGGCAAGAAUAUUUUUGUUGAGAAGUGUGCCCAGUGCCAUACUGUGGAAAAGGGAGGCAAGCACAAGACCAGGCCAAAUCUCCGUGUUCUGUUUGGGCGAAAGACAGGACAGGCUGUCGGAUUCUCUUACACAGAUGCCAACAAAAACAAAGGCAUCCUCUGGGGAGAGGAGAUGCUGAUGGAGUAUGUGGAGAAUCCCAAGAAGUACAUCCCUGGAACAAAAAUGAUCUUUGCUGGCAUUAAGAAGAAGGGAGAAAGGGCAGACUUGAUAGCUUAUCUCAAAAAAGCUACUAAUGAGUAAUAGUUGGCCACUGCCUUAUUUAUUAUGAAAUGUCUCAUGACUUUUUAUGUGUACCAUAUUUAAAUUGAUCUCAUACACUAGAAUUCAGAUCAUGAAUGGCUGAUGUAAUAUUUCUGUCCUGAUUUAAAUAAGAUUGGCUUGUGGCUAAAUAAAUAUGGUCAGCUUUUUGAAUUUUGAUAGUAAUUCUGGUUCAACAAGUACUAUCACUGUUUUCCCUUUCUAAAGAGAUGAUUAAACUUGAAUAAGGAAUGUUAAACUUUUCAGGGAUAUGGUGAAUGCCUUCUCAAACCCUAUAGGAGAUUGGUUUUAUAUUUAGAUUUCUAUAACUGGUUAUAUUAAUAUAUUUAAAUAUUGAGACGCUCCCUUCACUGUCUCAUAGACCAGCAAGAGUCACCUGUGUUUCAAGUUGUGUUCAUUCGCCCGUUAAGGCAAGGGCUGAAGAUACACUGACAAUGUCCACCUUCCCUUUUUGGUCUUAACUAUGCCAAUUUAAUUAAAAUUCUCCAUCUAAAAAAAAUAAAAGAAAAAAAGAAAAAUAAUGAAGUAAGAAGGAAAAAUGGGAAGAAUAAAAUAAGAUACAAAAUCUUGGAUAAGUGGCAAAAAUCAGAUUUUAGAAUCCAACUGUGAUUUUAGAUAAAUUAGUCUUUUUUAGUCUUUUUUAUAAGAUAGGAUUAAAAGCUUAAUAGGAUUGAUAUGAAGAACAACAAUAAUGUAGGAGAGAAUGCUUUGUAAUUUAUGAAACAUUAAGAAAAUGAAGAUACAAAGUAUUACAAUGUUUGUAUACAUUAUUUCCAUUGAAUGGUGUAUAGUGCUUAUUUCAAAUAAAUUACAUAUGUCAUACAUAAUGGAAUUGACUGGAAAACUUCGGUGUGGUCUUAGAAUGUAGAAUGCCAGAGGGAAUAUUUUUUAUCUAACUUAUAGAGUCCAUUGUAGUUCCAUGGCUGUGUGGAAAUACUGUACAGGAUUUCUGAAAAUGAUGACAUGAAAAAAUUUUAAGGACAGAAAAAAAUGUAUCAUCUCCAGGUGAAAUCUCUGUCUAUAGUAUGAUAAUAGUGAAUUUAGAGGUGAAAUUCUCAAUUUCUUUUCAUUUUUUCCCCUUAUCUCUGCCAAUUCAACCCUCUUAUCAUACCAAAGUGAUUUGAUUACUGUAUUAUAUUUUGCACCUGUCAUAGUCCCUGUAAUCAUUUCUAAACAUCAAGGGGAAAAGUGGGACCUUUUUAAAAAACGUGGUGUCUCUUUGUCACCUUUUUACUUCCCAAGGCAGUAGUGGGCCAUGUGUAGUAGAAAUAAUGAAAUUGGAAGGUACUUCAGUUGAAUAACUUAAGAAAAUGGGGUGUCAAAAUCUGAAAGAAAAGUUACGUAUAGAAUGUAGUUCAUUAAGAAAAAAAAUGUAAAAAACUAUAUGAAGCUUUCUGAUAAUGACUUAAUACACAAAAAUAUAGAUUGGUGAGAUCUGUGGAUAUACCUCUAUGGUAAGAAUAUAAAUUACAUUUUAGAGUACAGACAUAGCCAAUUAAGGGUUAGGAUUUUAUUUGUAGAGCCAUACAUAUUCAGUGAGAGCUGUUACAUUUGGUGAUUAUUCUAAAGAUAAACUACCAGGGCAUUAUAUCUCUGAAAUCUAUUCCUUUUUGCUCAGCUUUGUCACGUGUUAGGAAUUCUGUCACUAGAUGGUGAUGUUGAGUUGCACAGUUUAUAUUCUUGGCUUUUUUUCUGGUGCGUGUAAUAGUAAUUGCAGGUGUACCAUAAACCCAGCUAUGUAUCCAGAGUUAAACUGAAAGUAUAACUAUGUAAAUUAGGAAAAUAAUUUUAAGAGAUACAGUACAUUUUAAAUAUCAUUUAAGUUGAAAGGUAAAAAUCCUUUAAAGCUAUUGCUUUACUUUAGACUUCGAGAGGUAGAAGGAAUAUAAAUAGCAAUCUAAACUUUUCAUUGGAAGAGUGAGGUCUGAAGAGAGAUUCAAAGACAUUAAAAAGAAGUAUUUUUCAGUUUUUCCUUCUAGAUGUGUUAGUUUAUAAAGUACAACUUUAAUUUCAUUCCUCUGUCAAUAUCUAGUGGUACUGAGGCUGUUUGCCAUCUGAUCUAAGGGAUGUGUUACUCCUGGUACCUACAUAUUGUUUUAGUUGCUUAUUGUUUUAGUUAUAUUAAUUUUGCAUCCCUUGCUAAGCAUAAUGGUUAAACUACACUGGUAUUUCUUUAACUGGUACUUCUACAUGAAUUGAAGUAAAAGACUGUCUCUAUGAGUAAUUUGGCCAUCUGAAUAAGACUUGAAGAUAAGAAUAUUAUCACUAUCCUACUUAACCUUACACUUGUAGAUGUUUGUGUGUGUAUGUGUAUAUAUAUAUAUUAUAUGCAGAAAUGUGUGUUUGUAUAUAUAUAUAUGUCCAUAUAUAUGUACUCUAUCUCUAUUAAUUUCUAUCUUUAUUUUUAUCUCUAUAUGAAUCUCCCUGUCCCAGUCAAGGAAAUCUUGCAGUUUGACAGCAUUUGAAGUUUGGAGAUCCAUUUGCUUUUUAGACAUAUCUGUUAGAAUUACAGUUUUAUGCACAACUUUCAAUGAAAUUCUUUUAUGAUGGUAAAAAAAGAUGAGGGGGAAGAGAAGGCAACCUAAAUAUUUAUGAAUAGUGAAUUGAAUAAGUAGUUUAGAAAACAAAUCUAAGGCAUGAGAAAAUUUGAAGUGGUGUUGAAGAGAAGUAUAAAAUAAGUAAAAUGAGAAAUUAUUAAAAUAUUUCUAAUGAAAUCAGCAGGUUGUUUAAUGGUAUGAAAAGUAAACACAAAUUGUUUAAAAUCCUGAAUAUGUUAUAUAAUGAUCAGUGAUUACAUAUUCAAUAUUAGUAACAUAUUUUUGUUUUCAAAGUUUACAAAAAUAAAGGUAAUUAUAAAUGCCCAUGUGUGUGUAUGUGUGUGUUUUAACUACAUGCAAAGUUUGACCUGUGAAAUUGGAUGCAGAAGCAAUGUGUAAGCUUUCUAUUUCAAUCAUAUUUCUUGAUCCUAUAAUAAUUAUACUUCUCCAAGUUUUUUUUUUCGCUAAAUGGAUCAGCAGGAAUCUCUGGAAGACACACCCCACCCUCCGCCCCCAGUAAGCAGGUUACAAGAGUAUCCUCUUUUCUUCCAUGCAGAGGAGAAUAUCUUGUCUUUAUCACUUCUGUUAGAGAGAGGCACACACUCUACUAUGCACAUAAGCACAUGUGUCUAUGGUUUCUGUCACCUAACAUAGAAAGAGGGCAACCAGGCUGAAUAUCGUCAAAUUUUAUAAAAUAUAAAGACAAAAGCACACCAUCACUUUUUCUAGAUAAUGAUGUGAUGGAACUACUUUAAUAACACUAUUGAAAUGCAGCUUAGAAAAGGUAGGUUAAGCAUUAGGAAAAUGAUUAAUUAUGUAAAAAUAUAUGUAAUUAAUUGCAUUUGAUUAUAUAUUCCGUGUAAUUAAGUUAAUGUAAUUUGUGUACUACGAAUACAUAUGUAUACACACAGUUUACACAUAUGUGUGCAAAUGUGCACACGUGUAUGCACACACACAUACAUUUGGUAUUAUCUGUUUACUGCAUAACUUACGAAUGUUACUUUCAUUCAUGUCAGGGAUGAGUGAAAGCAAGAUUUGUCAUUCAGUUUCAAAUGGGCCAAAGAUAAUUUAAUUUUUUCACCAUUCAUGGGAAGUAGAAGAAAAGUUCUAUAUUAAUUUUCACUAAUGUUUAAUAAAACCAAAUAUAUACCUAAUACUUGUGGAUUAUUUAUGGAUUUGGUAGCAAUUGGCAUAUAUGAAUUAGGAGCUAUGUUAAUUUACUGUUUUCCUCUACUUUGAACUUUUUUUUUUUUAAUUAAGUUAUUUAUUUAUUUUUGGCUGUGUUGGGUCUUCGUUUCUGUGUGAGGGCUUUCUCCAGUUGCGGUGAGCGGGGGCCUCUUCUGUUGCAGAGCACAGGCUCCAGAAGCGCAGGCUCAGUAGUUGUGGCACACGGGCUUAGUUGUUCUGCGGCAUGUGGGAUCUUCCCAGACCAGGGCUCGAACCCGUGUCUCCUGCAUUGGCAGGCAGACUCCCAACCACUGUGCCACCAGGGAAGCCCUCUACUUUGAACUUUAAUUAGAACUUGAGUGUGAGAAAUGAUUGCAUACUUGCUAAUUAUAAAUUUUGGGAAACAACAGCACAAGUAAAUCAGGCAUGACUUGAUACAGUUAUAUACUUAUAAAAUGCAUUAUCAUAUUCAUUAAUCUGAGCAUUGGUUCUUUCAACCUGGUGCCCACUGUGUAACUAGACAAUAUUUUCUUAAAAGAAAUAUUUACAGAAAUAAAUCUAAUUAAUAUUGUAACUGCUAUUUUAUGACAACUUGAUACAUUUAGAAUGAUAAAACCAAAACAGAAAAUAUGUAUUAUUAUAUUAGAAGUUACUAUUUAAAACAACAACAUUAGCAACAACAUAAAUAAAUAGUACUUAACUAAGGUAAAAAAAAAAAUUGCAUUUUUCCCUUCGUAGCAAAAGAUUGUGGGUUAAAGACUACAGAGAAAGGAUACAGCUUUUGUUUUGCUACCAAAGAAAAGUACAGAGCUGUCUUACUCUAGAAUGCUUAUCAUUUUAGAUACAGACUUUGAAUGAGCAGCUAAUAGCUAAAAUUAUUUAAGAGAUAAAAAUUGGUACUGUGAGGAUUAGCUUUAAUUUUAAGUAUCCAUAAUUGAAGUGCCCCAUUAUGAUUUUAAUGUUAUGAUAAUCUUGUUAACAAGCUGUUGUGUAUAUACUAUCAUAUUUUAAUGUAGUUACAAAGCUUAAGUAAACCAUAAAGUAAAUUGCUUUUUGAAUCAGGCUUUUACAAGUGGAAAAUUAGUGGUUUACAUGUUUUGAAUAUGUAUUUUGUAAUUAUAUUUGGCAUUUUCUACAAUUUAAGAAGAAUAAUAGAAUGGGUUUAUAGAUAAUUCAUUAUUGUUUAUAAGUACAUUGGUAUAUUUUGUUAUUGCUCAUUCUAAUUAAUUUAGGUUCAUUCCACAUAUAACACAAUAGCUGAUUCUAUUUUUUUUCUGUAAUAGUCUUCUCUUCUAGAAGAUAUACAUUGCAGUUUAGUUUUUCUAUUUACCAUUUCUCAUAUAUCAGCACACUACAUUUAAAAGAAGAUUUCUACCCUUUCUUAUCUAUUAUUUCUACAGGUUAUUGUGGUGUAUACUGAAUUCUAUCCAUCGAGAGUGUUUGUGUUUACUCUAUUUUUUGGGAAGAAAACAUGUGUCCCAUUCUGACAAUUGGUGAAGAUAGCUAACUGGUUAGAUUUACUUUUUCUGAAUUUGUUGCUUAAAUAAACAGAACAUGGUAAUUUGAUAGUCUAAAGCAGAAGUAAGCAAGCAGUUUAUGUAGAAGUCUGGAUAGUAUCUUCAGCUUUCUGGGUCAUAUGGUCUCUAAUUGGAACUAUUCAGUUGUGCUGGUAUAGUGCAAAUGCACCCACAUAGACAAUAUGUCAUCCAACGGGUGUGGCUGCAUUGUUGUGGCUGUGUUCUAAUGAAAUUUUAUUUAUGGAAAUUGGCAGCCAGCUGGAUUUGUCCCAUGGGUCAUAGUUCACUGACCCCUCGUUAAGAGCAAACUUGACAUAAACCAAUUAAAAUAAAUUUCAAGGAAUUGUUUGGUACAUAUAUUAUGAAUUUGUGAUUUUCUCUGAUUAAUAGUAAAAAUACUAUGAAGCUCUUCCACUGUUAUUAAUAAGUGUGACUUAGAACAUUUACUGAGGUGUCAUAUCUCCUAGUUUCUGGGCUGUUCCUUGAAAUUGAAUAAGUUACAUUUCCUAGAUUACUCAUGCAAGUGAACAGACAUGAUUAAGAAUUAAAUCGUCAGUUGCAAUUGUAAAGUCACCAGUAUGCAGGCAACUUGAGGUAUCCAUGUCAAUGCCACUGAAUCAGUUAGCAUUAAUCUGUUAUGCUUGUGGUUGAAGAACCAUGUACAUUAUGAAACAGUAUAAUGUUACUCUUUGGUUUGACGCUAGUUAACCACAAUGAGGUACCUAUGAAAAUUCAACGUUGUGAUAUUAUACUUUAUCAAUUAUUUUUAUAAAUGGAUGAAGAAUCAUGGCAUCUACUAAAGUACAUACAUGAUAGCUAUAUUUAUUGGAAAAUAUUCAUUGUGAUGUGUUUUUUGUCUAUUUAACUCCUUUAUAAAGUUUUGUACCCAUGAGACUCUCUGAGGAAUUGCCUCUAUUUUAACAUUUAAUCAGUCAAUAUUUACUUAAUAAAUCAGUUAAUCAUGAAUAAAUAUUUUUCUUCUAGUGCACAAAGAAGUUUUUUCUAGGAUUCAAUGAGAGGCCAUAUGGGAUACUCUGUACUCUUUAAAAAAAUGCUCCUGAUGUUUAAAUUUCAACCUUCCUAAUAUCUUCCAAGAAACCUCCUAAGAAAUUUAGUUAAUUUAGUACAUGUCCUAACUUUUAGCCCUAUAGUUCUCUCCCAUUUUAAGGGCCAUUACUUUGGCUGGCAAAUAGAAGAAAUAAUAGUAGUCAUUUUAUUUAGAAGUCUUCCAUAACAUCAACUUCCAUCAAGUUUUAGUGGAAAUGGGUAUCUGUCGUUGGACGUCAUAGGUGAUACUUUUAGUCGAUAUCUGUGCUGUGUUUACAAACCAGUUAUCCUGCCAGUAUCUCCCUCUAUCUUUGAGGAAAGUUUAGAGCAAUCUUUCUUUUUUUUUUUUAGAUAGGUAAGAAAAAUGAUUUACAAUAAGGUUAAAUUACUUACUGGUAUUAUAUUUGUCAUUGUCAUAUUUUUCCUUCAUAUUUCAUUUCUUCCUUCAUCCCCUUAGAUGUUGCUUAUAAUUUCAUAUUCUGUAAGGGAAUAUUGCUUGAGACAUUUCUCACCCAGGGCUAAGAACUGUGUUGAAAUUUAAACAGUUUGGAUGAAAAAGCUGUUUGAGGAAUCAGAUUUUUUCUUUUUAAUAGUGAAACAAGGUUAAGAAAUUUUUUCUUUGUAAAGAAAUAAAUUACUAGUUUUGACAUAUAAUUAUAGUUAAAUGAUUGCAUAUGAGUAAAAUAUAUUAAAUAAUUAAAAAGCAUUGGGUAGCAAGUUUGAGCCAGUUAGAACCAUUAAUUGAAGCCUGAGAAUCAUUGCUUAGGUUCGGUCAUUCCAUUAAAAUGAAAGUCUAUUUUUAUUUGGUAGUAAUACAAGACUUGUCUUGCAAUUCAUAUUUCUUCAGGAUUAUUCUGCUCACUUGAAAUUUUUAUAGAAUUGAUUGUUUUUUCAGCACUUCCACCAAAAUAUUUACCUGCUUUUAAGGGUCAUGACAAAUAUUUUUGUCACAUAUAUUUCUAUAGAUGAUAUAGUUAUUCCAGAAAGAUAUCUUGACUGUAUCAAUACUAAUACAUACUAUUUGCAAUCUAUAAAUAUAUGAGCAAGCUUAAGAUUAUCUAAACAUGCUAAAUUAUUGUAUGCCUCUGAUUAUUUAUUAUUUUUAUCUGCUUAUAUGUAACAAUAAAUACAUUUUAUAUAUGAUGUUGCAUAGAAGUAUAUUUACACAAAUUUCCAAACAGUCUAUUUAGGAUAUGAAUAAAUUCCUUAACUAAGUUUUAUAUUUUAUAUCCUCAUAAGUAUGUAACAUGGUAGAUUAUUUGGACUUUAUAUAAUUGAAUAUUACUCAGCCAUAAAAGAAUGUAAUAAUGCCAUUUGCAGCAACAUGGAUAGACCUAGAGAUUAUCAUCCUAAGUGAAGUAAGCCAGACGGGGAAAGACAAAUAUCAUAUGAUAUCGCUUAUAUGUGGAAUCUAAAAGGAAAAAAAAGACACAAAUGAACUUAUUUUCAAAACAGAAAGAGACUCACAGACAUAGAAAACAAACUUAUGGAUACCAAAGGGGAAAGGGAGUGGUGGGAGGGAUAAAUUAGGAAUCUGGAAUUAACAUAUACACAGUCCUAUGUAUAAAAUACAUAACCAACAAGGACCUACUGUAUAGCACAGGAAACUAUCAAUAUAGUCAAUAUUUUGUAAUAACCUAUAAGGGAAAAGAAUCUAAAAACGAUUUAUAUA